CCAAGAAUUGGUGAAUGAAUCGAAGGGGCAAAGUUAGAAUUUAUCUUCCUUAAUGAAGCAAAUUUGCCCAAACCUCCCAUCCCUGGUUGAUUGUGAGGGUUUCAGGCACCUCUGCAAGGUGGACACGUCUGUUCCGUCAAUCCACUUUAAAGAUGAAACCGAAGCCCUGGAGAGGAAGCACCUUGUCCGGGGUCAAGCGAAUCGGGAUAGAGAACUCGGGCAUCCUGUUUUCCCCCGAAUUCCUUUCACACUCCUCCAACCUCCCCCACCCCCACUCCCAUGCUGCUGAGAAGACAGUAAACAGCAGCGGGGAAGGACCAAGGAAGAUCAGUUUGGGUGGGGGACUUGCUCCCUUUUCCUCCGGCUGCUUGGGGAACGGUAGCUGGGAGGAUAGAUCUCUGCUAAGAUAGAGUCAAGUGGGCGCGCACCACCUCGGGCCGCGCGCCUCCUCCCCUUUCCAGCUUUGUUCGCGCUUCUGCGCCUGCGCAGUGCGACAAAUCUGGCGCUGUCCCCUUCAGCACCACGCCGAGCCAGCGCCGCCCCUCCCCGCGGUGAGCCCCGCGCACCCCCGCCUCGCACGUUCUCGCGCCCCCUGACCGCUCGAACAGACCCCUUCUUCCUUCCGAGGUCACUACUUGCCUGCCUUGGAUUUCCCAAGGAGAGCAGUUGCCAUAGUAACUCUAGCGGUGUUUUCUUAAAAUAGCCGGGCCCGCUUCUACCUUGGCCAAGGGCACAAGGGUUGCCUGUCUCCCACUUCCUCUAGUCCAGGCGUUAUUCCGUCUAACCUCUUACUCCCAGAUGGCAAGAUGUCUAAUUCAGGCAGCAAGGAAGUUCUUUUUGAAGUCUGACUAACAUCCCUCCUGCUGCAUCCUGGGCGAGUGGUCAGGGCUGUGUCUCCUGAGUCCUAGUCUCAGAACCUCCGGAGGGUUUGAGGCCGAGUUCUCUGGAUAUUUCUUCCAUAAACUGGUGGUCUCUUGGAUGUAGGGAGCAGGUCCAGUCUACACCCAUACCGUGUGCUGGCGGGGCCGCGUGCUCGUGGGGGCGGGAGCGCGUGUGGCAUAUAACAGGUCAUGUGGCAACCUCCUAGGGACACGCGUGGGGUCUGGAGCGGGACACGCGUGUGCAGCUGGGUCCCGCGUGCGGCUCAGGGGGUGGUGGACGAGAGGGACGUGGACACGAUUGGGGUGGGGCAUGUGAGGGUCUGAAGAACAGACCAGAGGUUCCAUACGUCCUCCCCCUCUUCAGGGGCGGGUCUCAGGUUGGCGGGAGAGACCUGCGGGGACCUAGAGUCGAGAAGAGGGGGGCAGCCUCUGGGGCUCAGGGCCCCGGGAGAGGGCGGGAGGGGGGGUGGUGGGUGGGUGGGGGGAUUAGCUCUGAGCCGCGCGUAGCGGGGAGAGGGAGGGACUGAGAGGCGGGCGGGCCUGGAGCAAACGGGAGCAAGCGGGAGCCGCGCUGCCUUCACAGCUGAGCAGGGCCCAGCCUCUCCCCUGCCUCUCCAAGGCCCCAGCUCCAGGCGAGCAGCGGCCUGUCUGAAGAGCAUGCUGCCCGCUCACUCCCCACCUGGCCUGGCCAUCCCUGCCCCCCCAGCCUGACCCCCGGCCCCAGCAUGGCCCAGGGUGCCAUGCGCUUCUGCUCGGAAGGCGACUGUGCCAUCUCCCCACCACGAUGCCCACGCCGCUGGCUCCCCGAAGGCCCAGUGCCCCAGAGCCCCCCAGCCAGCAUGUAUGGCAGUACAGGCUCUUUACUCCGGCGAGUAGCAGGUCCAGGUCCCCGAAGCCGGGAGCUUGGACGUGUGACAGCGCCCUGUACACCUCUGCGUGGCCCCCCUUCACCCCGCAUUGCUCCCUCACCUUGGGCACCCUCUUCACCCACUGGGCAGCCCCGACCAGGGGCCCAGAGCUCUGUGGUCAUAUUCCGCUUUGUGGAGAAGGCCACCGUGAGGCCACUGAAUGGGCUGCCUGCUCCUGGAGGCUUGAGUCGGAGCUGGGACCUGGGUGGGGUCUCUCCUCCCAGGCCCACCCCAGCCCUCGGGCCUGGCUCCCAUCAAAAGUUGAGGCUAGAAGCAUCCACAUCAGACCCGCUUCCAGCUGGAGGAGGCUCAGCUCGGCCUGGAAGUCAGGGCCUUUUACAGGGGCCACCAACUCAACCCCAGGUUGGAGCAGAUGGUCUUUACUCCUCUCUUCCCAAUGGGCUGGGGGGGCCCUCUGAGCACCUGGCCACAUUAUUCCGAGGACCUGCUGACACUGGACUUCUGAACCAGGGGGACAUCUGGUCCUCACCACGAGAAGUCUCCUCUCAUGCCCAGAGAAUCGCUCGAGCCAAAUGGGAAUUCUUCUAUGGCUCUUUGGACCCCACCAGCUCAGGUGCUAAGCCCCCAGAGCAGGCCCCCCCAUCUCCACCUGGGGUGGGCUCAGGGCAGGGCUCUGGGGUGGCUGUGGGGCGAGCAGCCAAGUACUCCGAGACGGACCUGGACACAGUGCCCCUGAGGUGCUACCGCGAGACCGACAUCGAUGAGGUGCUGACUGAGCGGGAAGAGGCUGACUCGGCCAUCGAGAGUCAGCCCAGCUCUGAGGGCCUUCCUGGCACUGCCUGCCCACCUGCCCCACGUCCUGGCCCAUGCCUUGGCCCUCAUCCCAGCCUGGGCAGUGGCAAUGAGGACGAGGAUGAGGCAGGUGGGGAAGAGGAUGUGGACGACGAAGUGUUUGAGGCCUCAGAAGGGGCCCGGCCAGGUACCCGAAUGCCUCACUCUGGGCCUCUCAAGUCACCUCUGCCCUUUCUACCUGGGACCAGCCCCUCGGCUGAUGGGCCUGACUCUUUCAGUUGUGUGUUUGAAGCCAUCUUGGAGUCACACCGGGCCAAGGGCACCUCCUACACCAGCCUCGCCUCGCUGGAGGCCCUGGCCUCACCUGGCCCAACCCAGAGCCCCUUUUUCACCUUCGAGCUGCCUCCCCAACCCCCUGCCCCCAGGCCUGAUCCGCCUGCUCCUGCCCCACUUGCUCCUCUUGAACCGGAUUCUGGUACCAGCUCUGCUGCUGAUGGGCCUUGGACACAGAGAGGGGAGGAAGAGGAGGCAGAGGCUGGAGCCAAGCAGGCCCCAGGGAGGGAUCCCCCUAGUCCUUGCCACUCAGAAGACAGCUUUGGAUUGGGGGCAGCACCCCUGGGCAGUGAACCACCCCUGAACCAGCUGGUGUCUGAUUCGGACUCCGAGCUGGACAGCACAGAGCGGCUGGCCCUGGGAAGCACUGACACCCUGUCCAACGGGCAGAAGGCAGACCUGGAGGCUGCGCAGCGCCUCGCCAAGAGGCUGUACCGCCUGGAUGGCUUCAGGAAGGCAGAUGUGGCCCGGCAUCUGGGCAAGAACAAUGACUUCAGCAAACUUGUGGCUGGCGAGUACCUGAAGUUUUUUGUCUUCACGGGCAUGACUCUGGACCAAGCUCUCAGGGUGUUUCUCAAGGAGCUGGCCUUAAUGGGUGAGACCCAGGAACGGGAGCGUGUGCUGGCCCACUUCUCCCAGAGAUACUUCCAGUGUAAUCCUGGAGCCCUGUCCUCAGAGGACGGUGCACACACGCUGACCUGCGCCCUCAUGCUACUCAAUACGGAUCUCCACGGCCACAACAUCGGGAAACGCAUGACCUGCGGAGACUUCAUUGGUAACCUGGAAGGCCUCAACGAAGGCGGCGACUUCCCCAGAGAGCUGCUCAAGGCCUUGUACAGCUCCAUCAAGAAUGAAAAGUUGCAAUGGGCCAUAGACGAGGAGGAGCUGAGACGCUCUCUGUCUGAGUUGGCCGACCCCAACCCCAAGGUCAUCAAGAGGGUCAGCGGGGGCAGUGGCAGUGGCUCCAGCCCUUUCCUGGACCUGACUCCCGAGCCUGGGGCUGCAGUCUACAAGCACGGCGCCCUGGUGCGAAAGGUGCACGCGGACCCUGACUGCAGGAAGACACCUCGGGGCAAGCGCGGCUGGAAGAACUUCCACGGGAUCCUCAAGGGCAUGAUCCUCUAUCUUCAGAAGGAGGAGUACCAGCCUGGGAAAGCGCUGUCGGAAGCAGAGCUUAAGAACGCCAUCAGCAUCCACCACGCGCUGGCCACGCGGGCCAGUGACUACAGCAAGAGGCCGCACGUCUUCUACCUGCGCACUGCUGACUGGCGGGUCUUCCUCUUCCAGGCCCCGAGCCUGGAGCAGAUGCAGUCUUGGAUCACUCGCAUCAACGUGGUGGCUGCCAUGUUCUCUGCACCCCCCUUCCCAGCUGCCGUCAGUUCCCAGAAGAAGUUCAGCCGCCCUCUGCUACCCAGCGCUGCCACCCGCCUCUCCCAGGAGGAGCAGGUGCGGACCCACGAGGCCAAGCUGAAGGCCAUGGCAAGUGAGUUGAGGGAGCAUCGGGCCACGCAACUGGCCAAGAAGGCCCGGGGCAAGGAGGCUGAAGAGCAGCGGCAGAAGGAGGCGUAUCUGGAGUUUGAGAAAUCCCGCUACGGCACAUAUGCAGCACUGCUUCGGGUCAAGCUGAAGGCGGGCAGCGAGGAGCUGGAUGUGGUGGAGGCAGCAGUGGCCCAGACUGGCGGCACGCAGGAUGGACUCCCCCCUCCUCACUCCAGUCCCUCCCUACCGCCCAACACCUCCAGCCAGCCCCGGGCACAGUGUCCUGAUUCAGAGGCUCGGGCAGGGGCAGGCAGUGGGCGGUGGAAGCCCUGAGCUGGGGGUGGGAGUGGGGGGUCGGUGCCCACUGGGCACCUGCAUGACACGGCCCUGCCUAAGCCCGGGCCGGCCUCGGGCCACCUGUGAGGGCCUCUUGGUCCAAGGCCUGACCGCGCCGGACGCGGUGUCCGGGGCAGGGCAGGGCUAGGGCACGGGCCUCAGGAGCCUUAGGCUAAGGGCCCCUCUGAGACCCCUUUUUUGUGAUAAUGUUUUGCACUUUUUCGUACAGGGGAUGGGGGUGGGAGGGGCCAGGCCCCCUGGACUCUUGAUGCUCCUUUUUUUUUUUUUUUUUGUGGGGGAGACCUGACGUUUCUGCUUUCUGCUGAGACCACCCCCACCCCUGACACCAGCAGUCCCCCUCCAUCCUGGGGCCUGGCUCAGACACAAGCCAGGAGUUGGGGUUGAGCUGGUUUCCCUCCUUUUGCCCUGAGGGCUUACCCUCUCCCUUGCCAGAGGUGGAGGAUGGAUGUCCAAGCUGAGGCCCCGUGCACAGGCCAGGCAGUGCGGCCUUGCUUUCCUCCUUCAGUGGGCCCUGCCCUUUGUGUCGCCUCCACCUCCAUUAAAACUGCUCUCGACUUGC